AUGUCCCACAUCAAGAUGUCACGAAGCCUCCACAUCAUGUGCCACAUCCCAGUCUUCUGUUGGAUCACUGCUACGGUUCUGGAGGAUCUGCUGAAAACCAGAGAGGGAGGAGAGCUUCCCAAGACCCUGACGGAGAUGUACGCAGAGUUCCUGGGGUUUCAGAUGGAUCGGACUAAAGACAAGUACGGACCAGAACAGAGCAGCAACUACAUCAAGUCAUUGGCUAAACUGGCUUUUAAGCAGCUGCUAAAGGGAAACAUGAUCUUCUAUGAGGAAGAUCUGAAAGAGAGCGGCAUCAAUGUCAGAGGAGCCUCAGUGUGUUCAGGAGUGUUCACAGAGAUCUUCAAACAGGAGCAAGGGAGGAAAACCAAGGACAAGAUGUUCAGCUUUGUUCAUCUGAGCGUUCAGGAGUUUCUGGCUGCUGUUCACAUGAUGCUCUGUUACACCAACGGGAAGAUGAAAAGACUGGGGGAGUUUCUGAAAGACUGUAAACACACAGAAUCUAUCCUUAAAAAAACAAAACAGUUGUUUGUUUAUCCUUCAACUCUCUCCUCUCUGCAUGAUGUCCUGAGUAGAAUCAUGUUUAAAUCCCUCCAGAGUCCAAGUGGCCACCUGGACCUGUUUGUUCGCUUCCUUCAUGGCCUCUGUCUGGAGUCCAACCAGAGAAUCUUAGGAGGUUUGCUGGGUCACACAGAGAACAGUCCAGAAACCAUCCAGAGAAUCAUCUACAACUUGAAACAGAUUGACAGUGAUGAAAUCUCUCCAGACAGAAGCAUCAACAUCUUCCACUGUCUGAUGGAGAUGAACAACCAUUCAGUCCAUCAGCAGAUCCAAGAGUUCUUGAAGUCAGAGAAUAGAUCAGAGAGACUCUCCUUGAUCCAGUGCUCAGCUCUGGCCUACAUGCUUCAGAUGUCAGAGGAGGUUCUGGAUGAGUUAGACCUGAACGAGUACAACACAUCAGAGGAGGGACGAUGGAGACUGAUUCCAGCCCUUUCUGGCUGUGGACUCACAGAGACUCACUGUGAAGUUGUGGCCUCAGCUCUGAGGUCCAACCCGUCACAUCUGACACAUCUGGAUCUGAGUCACAACAACCUGCAGGACUCAGUGGAGGUUCUGUGUGCUGGACUGGAGAGUCCUCACUGUCGACUGGAGACUCUGAGAUUGAGUCUCUGCAGUUUGUCAGAGAUCACCUGUGAUUCUCUGGUCUCAGCUCUGAAAUCCAACCCGUCACAUCUGACACAACUGGACCUGAGUAACAACAACCUUCUGGAUUCAGGAGUGAAGCAUCUGUGUGGUUUUCUGGAAAGUCGUCACUGUCGACUGGAGACUCUGAGGCUGUCAGGCUGUCUGCUCUCAGAGGAAGCUUGUGUCUCUCUGGCCUCAGCUCUGAGCUCCAACCCCUCCCAUCUGAGAGAGCUGGACCUGAGCUACAAUCAUCCAGGAGACUCAGGAGUGGAGCUGCUGUCUGCUGGAGUCAAGGAUCCACACUGGAGACUGGACACUCUCAGGGUGGAGCCUGGUGGAGUCCAAUGGUUGAGACCAGGUCUGAGCAAGUAUUUCUGUCAACUCACCAUCGACACAAACACAGUGAACAGAGAACUACAACUGUCUGACAACAACAGGAAGGUGACACGUGUGAAGGAGGAUCAGUCAUAUCCUGAUCAUCCAGACAGAUUUGACCAGUGUUCUCAGCUGCUGUGUAGUAGUGGUCUGACUGGUCGCUGUUAUUGGGAGGUUAAAUGGAGAGGAAGAGUUCAUAUAUCAGUGAGUUACAGAGGAAUCAGAAGGAAAGGAAACAGUAAAGACUGUUGGUUUGGAUUCAAUGAUCAUUCCUGGAGUCUGUUCUGCUCUGAUGAUGGUUACUCUGUCAAACACAAUAACAUGGUAACACUCAUCUCCUCCUCUGUGUCUCACAGAGUAUCAGUGUAUGUGGACUGUCCUGCUGGUUCUCUGUCCUUCUACAGAGUCUCCUCUGACAAACUGAUCCACCUUCACACCUUCAACACCACAUUCACUGAACCUCUUUAUCCUGGGUUUGGGUUCAUGUUCUGUUCUCCUGGUUCCUCAGUGUCUCUGUUUGAUGUGUCGUAGUGAGAGUUUGAUCCUGUCAGAGAAACAUUGUCACUGUUGAACAUAGUUCAGUCUGUUCAUGUCUGUCUCAUUUUCAGAUUCAUGUAUUAAACCAGUUUCUUUCUGAACCAGUUCUAAAUUAUUCCCUGUGAACUUCUUCCUCCUCCGUCCUUUAAAGAUGAAGCUCUGAUUAUUCCAGGAUCAAAUGUUGAUGACUUGUUGUGAAGUUGAUUUCCAGUGAAUAUCAGGAUGUUUCAGUUCAACGUGUGACAAACUGUGAUAUCAGAGAAGAAUCACUGAGCUGAAUGAGUGAGAAGCUUCCAGAUGUUCACAGAUGAUUGUUGAAUGAAAACUGUUGAUUGAAUGUUUCUGAUCAUUUUCUGUCCCUCUAGUAGAAGAGAGCGGAUCAGCCUCACAUUAAAGUUCUUUAUUUACCUUUAACAAUAAAUAAUCACGUUAUAAUCACAAUAUAGAAAUGUCUAUUACUUUGAACUGUGAUUAUAUUAUAACAAUCAUCAUGAUGUAACAUGAGUCAUAAUAGAUUCAGAGUCACAUGAUGAACCUCCACAUCUGUAUAUACUGAAAUAAUAAUGUAAUAAAAUCUCACCACGUCUGGUU